CACGUGGGCAGCUCCGGUCCCAAGCUUUCCAAAUUGAGGAUCGGGGAAACCAAACAAAACAUUGAUCAAAGGACAACCCAAGCAAUCACCUCUAAGCGCGACGGACAGAGUUCCACGAAACAGACCAAAAGCUUUGCUUCGGCAUGGCCCACGAUGGCAGCUCCCACCGACGUGCGCGGUCUACUUCCCGCUCUCGUCCAACAACCCCUCUUCGGCCCUCGUCACGCUCCUCAUUCCGCGACUCAGCCCGCAACAGCGUGCAGGGAGACUCCGCCUCCUUCCCACUCAAUGCCUUCGAACCUGCCUUUGCUGAGCUGUCAGACUCGAUUGCAGACCUCGAGGCCAACAUGAUGCACUUCCAGCUGAUGCAUGAGAGCCUCGCUCGGUUCAGCGAGAGCUUCGCAAGCUUCCUGUAUGGACUGAAUAUGAAUGCAUUUUGUGUCGACUUUCCCGAGGGCCCAAUUACGGAGUCGUUUAAGAGGAUGAAGUUGAAGGAAGAGGAACAACAGCAGAACCCUACAAGACCUCCUGAACGAACGGCUGGCGAGGUUGAUACCGAGACUACAUUCAUGUAGGUCGCUUAGCGGGGCAGCAAAAGGCACCAAACUAACGGGAGCCAGGACAACGGACACUUCGUUUGUCGAGAACCCCCCAUCCACCAAGUCAUCCCUCCGAUACCAGACACCAGCGUCAAGCCGCCAAUCUCGAGUUCCUGCCCCUACUGCAACCACUCGGGGCACGACAUCGGCCAGAGGAUCGA